AUGUCUCAUCCUUCGACUAGACAGGUUAGACCGUUACUCUUAGUGGGUCCACCGGGCUGUGGGAAGACUUCAAUUGCUGAGAGUAUUGCGAAGGCCCUUGGGAGGAGGUUCGAGAUGGUGUCUCUGGGAGGACUGUCGGAUGCUGGUGAGCUGAAGGGACACCGUCGGACUUAUAUUGGAAGUCAACCGGGGAAGAUUCUAUCAGCGUUGAUUGCGAGCGGGAGCAAGAACCCUGUUAUUUUGCUCGAUGAAAUUGACAAACUCGGGGGAGGGGCGAGCGGUGUUAGUGGCGCUGGGAUGGGGGAACCGGCGUCGGCGCUGUUGGACGCCUUGGAUGCCUCAGGAGGCUACACAGACAAUUUCGUCGGCAACGAAAUUCCGAUCGAUUUAACUCAAGUCCUUUUCGUUGCGACUGCGAAUGACUGUGACCGAAUUCCGCCGGCUCUCGCUAAUCGUUUUGACGUGGGGACGGAGGAGCUCCCUAUGAGAGUAACGGAAGAGAGUCUCGUCGAUUGGCUGGGCUUGCCAACCUACCCUGGAAAUCGUUGGACACGUGGUAUCUCUCCCUCGAGUGCAUCGGUGGUUGGUUUGGGAUGGACCGAGGCCGGCGGGACGAUGCUGGAAGUAGAGUGCCUGCCGAGCUCAGAGUGGUUGAUAACGGGGCAGGUGGGAGUGACGCUGCAGGAGACUGUCAGGAUAGCGGCAAGUUGGAGCAAGAUCACUAAUCCUAUGCACGUCAAUAUUGGCCCUGAUGUCUCAGCAAGGAAGGACGGUCCUUCUCUCGGCCUAGCGUUAGCGGCACUGUUCUGGGCGCAGCGACGAGAGCGAACGGUUCCUCACGGGAUUGGUUUCACGGGGGCGAUAACGCUGAGUGGAGGAGUAGAGCGCGUUGGUGGUAUCCGAGAGAAGGUGGUGGCUGCGAGUUUGGGAGGGCUAAAGGUGGUGGUGUUACCCAAAGCGAACAAGGCGGAGUGGAAGGCGAUAGAAGAUGGAUUAAAGGAUGGGUUGGAAGUUGUUUUCGUAGAGGACCUGACGGAGCUCGAAGGCUUGCUAGAUGAGCUUGCGGAAUUGAGAAGGGAAAGUUUCAUGUAUGAAGUGUGA